AUGGAAUUACCUAAAAGUUUUGUCAAAGAGAAGCCAACUAGCGAGGUAUUUGUACAAAACGUUUUUAAAACCAUACCGGAGGAACAGACAGCUAUAUCUGAGACAUCUAGAUGGAGAACCACGAUGGGUAGUUGUGAAUGUAAAAAAUGUAAAUGA